UGGUGGGCCGUCUUAUUGAUGGCUAUAGGACUUAUCCUGUUUAUGGGAUUGUUCAUCAAGUUUUGUGCCGUGCACACACCCAGCUCAAACCCUAACGCCAAACCAGCCUUGAAAUGGACGGACACACUGAGGCGACGACGUCGUCAGCCAGAGCAACAGUACCGGGCACAGAACCACGACACUCAGUAUCCUUUGAUAGUUGGCCCAUCGGGACCCCCGCCGCCAUACUCAGCACACGGAGGCCCACCACAGGGGCACAGGAAGGGAGCAGGGGCUAAAGGCGGGAGAUACAAUAAUUUAGAAAUGCGCAAAGUUUAAAUCAUAUAUCAUCUAAAUUCAAUUCAUCGUAUUUAAUGAUUUUUUUAAACGAAUGUACACUAGAAGAACAACAUCUCCAUAUGUGUUAUGAAUGAUGUAGUCCUUUUGGUAUUUUUGAUAAUAUUACAUUUGUGUUAAAGAUACAGAUCUGUGUUCAUUUCUUUUUAAAUCAUUAUGCAAACAGAAUUCCUAUUUUCAAGAACAAUAUGAAGGGGUAUUGAGGUUUUAAUUGCCAAUUGUUUUUAUGUUAAAUUAAUUUUCUUCUGUAUUUCUGUAUUUUGAUAGAAUGAUAUUACAUUGAGGCAUUUUUGAUCGUUAAUUUUUGGAAGUUUUAGUGCUCAUGCAUACAGCGUUAGUUAUUGUUUACUUUAAUUUUAAUCCAAUCAUGUUAUAAAAUAAAAGGCUAUACUAAUCAUUGUAAUGUAAGCAAAUGUACGUUAAAAAUGUGAUCAGUUGGUUCAAUCGAGUUAAAUAUCUUCGUUAUUAAUUGCGGUAAUAGUAUAACUAUGUUGAGAUGAUGGCCUAUCGAGUUAAUGUAAAUCAUUUAUGCCCUUUUCUUAUGGAUUAAAAAUAUCACGUUUUUCUAUUGUGUGCUAUUGAACUGACUGGAGCAGAAUUACCGCAUCUUGGAAUGUGACGUAACAAUGGUAUAUGUAUUCUCUUGGUCGUUCUAUUUCCUAGCAUAAAUUGUGUGAAAAGGUUCCAGCUUUUCGUGGACUCUAUCUAACCAUCAUUUUCCUUUAUUUAUACAUAUCUUUGAAAGUGGGUUUUUGCCACUUAAUUUGUAAACGUUUGUUCAUUAUUUUAACUCUGUUUAUAAACCAUUUUAAGUUGUUAACAGUUCUUUAACUAUGUCUUACGUCUGUUUGUGUCUUUACUGAGUACAGUAUACGUACAUUUAAGGUACGUGACAAGUCCCUUACAGAAUGCUAGUCACGUUAUCAUAUCCUUGUCAACUUUCAGUAGCAGCACUGUAGGAGCACAAAGAACUGACACAAGUAGAAACUGCAAUAUAUCCUCUAUUUUAAUUGUAUGCUAUUCAGAAAUACAUUUAACCAAUGUUGAUGAUAUACAGGCGAUAUGUAACUACAUUUUUUAACAAUUGUUUUCACUUUAUUUCUCCCUUUCUAUUUAUUUUAUUUCAUGGCAACUGUAGCCUAAAGAAAGGACUGGAAUGUUUUGUAGGUUUUUUUUGCCUGGGUCGUCAAAUGAUUCUUCAAUCGCCGUAAAAAUAAUACAUGUUUGACCUCCUCUCCCAGAGUUUUAACUGUUUCAUAUAUCCCUAUGAUGAAAGUCCCAGGACAUCUACUUAGUGACUUAAUGGUUUAACACAUGUUGUCAUCUAGCCACCUACAAAACCAAGCACCUGCUAAUGAUGCUAGUUAUUUAUUUUGCUUAGUGCCAUUCACAGGACGAAUUACCAAUCUAUAAAUAUGUAUUGUUAUAUGGGAAGUUGUCUAUGUUAAAACAAGAAAUUAUCUGUGUGUUUUAAAAAUCAAUGAGAUCAGUUAUUUUGGAUAUAAAUAUAGGUCGGCUUCAUCAUUCAACAGAAUGGAGACAAAAGGAGAGAUUGUAACUUUAUGUUCCUUAGAAAUUUAGUUUAGAUCCAAGAUCGGGAGUCAAUAGAUCGCUUUAAUAUAAUUAGCUAUUUUCAUCAGUUUAGGUUCCCCUCCUGUUAAUUUUUUUUUGCAUUGUGAGAAUCUCGUGCAUUGUUUAAAUCGCUUUAUUCAAUCUUCUAUAGAUUUUGAUUGAUCAUGGAAUGUUACGAUUCUUCUCUUUUGCUUAAGGUGGUAUGAGACACCUCCAUAUUGUGACGUACUAUAGAAAGAAAUGUAAAGUUCAUACUUUUAUCAACAGUAAUAUCGACAGGUCUUCCAUACCACCUUAACAUGUUUGUACUUUUAUUUUCUGUUUGGUUGGUGCUGAUGAUGUUUUGUUCAUUUACAACGUAAUUAACGUAACAAAUGUGUAUCACCUCCUCCAUUUAUUAAAUCUUGUGAAUUAACCCAGUGUUCUGUAAAGAAAAGGUUGAGAUGCAUUCUGUUUUAAAUGUAACGCAUACUUGUAAACAUUGUUAUGAAACUUUCCUUGAGAGCUGUUGAACAUAGAAAAAAACAUUACUAAAAUGACACUCAUUUGCUGUAAAACAUUGUGUUAUUUAUUUAACUUAAAGUUUGUUUCGUCAUGUUUAUUCUUCGCUGUCAGACAUUUAUUUUACUGGAAACAAUAAAACAAAAUCAUAUGAAAA